AUUAUUCUCCCCUUCCCCCACCGUCCCCUUUUAUUCUCCUCCUAUUCUCUCUCUUCCUUUAUUCGCUCCGCUCUAUUCUUCCCUCUCCUCAUUCUCAGAUCUUAUCCUUCCCCUUCGAACGAAGAAACUCCAAAGAAUAAAUCCAUAAACAACUCCUCUCUCUCGCUCUACUUUUUUCGCUCCGCUCUAUUUAUCCCUCGGAUCACUCUCUGAACUUAUCCUUUUCCCGUCGAGCGAAGAAACCCCAAAAAAUAAAUCCAUAAACAACUCCUCUCUCUCUCUCCCUCUCUAUCCAGCUUCGAGGUCUCCGGCCGCCAUGGCAGAUGCUGCCGACCUCCAAGACUGGGAAUUGCUCAGCUCCCAGUCCUCCGAGGAUCCCAAGGCCUUCGAGGGCUUAGAUGGCGAAGGCGACUCCUAUGGCGGUGCCAUCGAGUUGGAUUACUUCUCCCUCGACUCCGAGAAUCGCCGUAUCGAGAAGGCGUCCUUGGAGGAGGAGAGCGAAGAAGGUGGCGUUGAUUCGGAUAACCCUACUCGGGUCGAUCCCGGUUCUGACUCCAGGGACAUGGGGAGGUCGAGAGGAGAGGUGGAAUUUACAGGAAGUGGAUUUCCGGUGAAGAAUUUUGGUGGUUUUUGGUCCGAUGGGUCGUCUGAUUACCCGAGUUCGCCGGCUGAUAGGGAAAGAGGGGAACCUGGUAAUAAAGGGGAUUCAGUAACGGAAGACUCUAGGGACAUGGGGAGGUCGAGAGGAGAGGUGGAAUGUACAGGAAGUGGGUUUCCGGUGAAGAAUUCCAGUGGUUUUUGGUCCGAUGGGUCGUCGGAUUACCGGAGUUCGCCGGCUGAUAGCGAAAGGGGGGAACCUGGUAAUAAAGGGGAUUCCGUAACGGAAGUCGGUGUUGAAGGAAUCGAGGCUGGGCAUCAGGAACCUAGCGAUGAUGAGGGUGGAAAAAGUUUGGAUUUUGGAGGAAGUGGGGGAAGUGAGGGAAUCGAGACAGGGCAUGAGGAGCAUGGGGUGGAGGAAUCUGGUGAAUUGGCGAAGAUGGGAGAUGGCUUGGGUUCCUCGGAGGGUGUGUCUAACAGCGAAGGAAAGAAGAAAAUAUUGGCUUGGUGGAAGAUGCCACUGGAUUUCAUUAAAUUUUAUGUUUGUAAGAUGAGGCCGGUUUGGUCCAUCUCCAUAGCUGCUGCGAUUAUGGCUUUUGUUAUGCUGGGAAGGAAAUUGUACAAAAUGAAACACAAGAGCCGCACCAUUCAGCUUAAGAUUGCCCUUGACGACAAGAAGGUGUCCCAGUUAAAGCUCCGUGCUGCACGCCUCAAUGAAGCAUUCACGGUGGUGAGACGUGUGCCCGUCAUCAGAAGAGUUCCAGCAGGUGGUGUCACUGCAUGGCCCGUGGUGAAUUUGAGAUGAUCUCAUCUCGUAAUACCAUCUAGGUGGGGGCUGAAAGUGGCUGGUGGACAGUACUUCUCUGCCCCUUCCCUCUUGCUAUGCAUCUCCAGGACAGGAAUAUGGUUAGCUCUCCAUAUUUGGUUGAGUACUGCAGUGAACUAGAACCACAUUAUUUUAUGGUUUUCUUAGUCUAGAAAGUAUGUAGAUGCCUCAUAAUUCCAAAGUCACCCAUAAAUAACAUUGUUAAACAUCAUUUUGGAUUCCCAAUUUUAUGAUUUCAGACACUGAAACAGCAAAAGGGUUCAGUUAGUUCAGCUUUGAUUGAGUAUCAAAUUUCAUCCAAGAUUAAUAAAGAGUGAGGGAUGCAGCAGUCUCAGUGAA